GCUUCAUUAUUAUAGGACAUUAGGCUUGAAAUCAAUCAAUAACUCUGUGCUGUACGAUUCGUAGACUCGGACAUACCUCGCUUCAUCUUCAGUGACUGAUCACGUUGCCUGCAUGAUUCAACAAGGUGCAGGUACGUUCGAGUGUGGCGGCACGCGAGGCCUUAGCGUAGAAAAUGAUGUAAAAUAAACAUGGGACAGCUUUUUCUGAAACGUUAGCAGUCAGACUAGGGCAGCAGUACUAUGGCUUCAUCGGUGGAUAAAGGAUGGGCAUGGAUGGUAGUCGUGGCUUCGUUUUUUGCUCAUUUUUUCUCGUUUGGUAUUGCCUGGACAACUGGUGUGUAUAACAUUAUAUUCCUGGAAGAAUUUGGAAAGUCUAGAUUAGCCACUGCAUGGGCUAGUUCCCUGACACCGGCGUGUAUGUUUUUAGCGGGGCCAUUUGCAAGUAUACUCAUUAACCGUCUGGGAUGUCGUGUUACCAUGGUAAUCGGAGGAUUAACAUCUUCACUUGGAUUAAUCACCAGUUAUUUUGCCCACAGUAUCCAGUAUCUGUAUAUAUCAUUUGGUCUAGUCGCAGGAUUCGGUUGUGGUCUCAGCCACUUGUCAGCAAUUUCUGCCGUAACGUUUUGUUUUGAUAGACGUCGUAAUAUUGCUACGGGAAUAGCUGUCACAGGAGUCGGACUAGGGACUUUAACCUUCCCCCCGUUCAUCGCGCAUCUGGUGGAAUGGUACACAUGGAGGGGCUCAUUCCUGAUUAUUGGAGGGUUGUGUUUAAAUCUGUGCGUCUGUGGUGCCUUAAUUCGACCAAUCAGAUCGUUGCGUAAGCUCAAAAGCAGAAAUAGUUUUGACGUCAGUAUUUUUAAGAAGGCCACCUAUUGGUCGGUUUGUGCCAACAGCUUUUUAAUAUGUUUCGGAAUGUCCGUUACUUAUAUUCAUUUAACGGCUUUUGCAAAAGAUUCUGGCAUCAAUCUGGAAGAAAGUACUCUGCUCAUAUCGAGUAUCGGGGUAUCUAAUUUGAUUGGGCGUCUAAUAUUAGGAGUACUUGGUCAACACCCACGUGUUAAUUUAGUUUUAUUAUACAUGUCAUCGUUCGUCAUUGCGGGAAUAUCUGUUUUUAUCAGUCCAUUCUGGAAGACGUUUGUUGGUUUAUUAAUAUUAGCCCUGACUUUCGGUUUCUUUACGGCUGGAAUAGGAACCUUAUUUGCACCAAUAUUAGCCAAGUUAUUAGGACUGAGAAGAUUUGCUGGUGGAUAUGGCUGUGUGUCUCUGUUCAGUGCUGUUGGACAAGUUUUAGGUGGACCAAUUGCAGGUCUACUCUUUGAUUUAACGGGAACCUACUCAGCAUCGUUUUGGACCGGAGGGUUAACUUUACUGGCUAGCAGUGCGUGUAUGGUGUUACCAUUGCGAUAUAAGGGACACUCGAGAAUAUCAUCUCCAUCAAUUCGAGAAAACUUUUUAAGUGAGGCUGAUGGCAGCAGUCUGACUGGUCCGACUACAACUAUUAUCCCUAAUCAAAUACAAGAACGAAAAGCUUUUAUCACGGUUAACAUGAGAAAAAGCAAAAAAUAGACGAUAUUUGAUCAAAUUUCUGCAUUUGCGGGUUUCUAAUUUUUACAAUCUGAUUAAAAUACAGAUCUAUAUUUCGUUUCGUUUUUUUAUACUUUCGAUGACCUACGUUACAUAAGAGCUGACCUGUUGUACUGGAAGGUCGCGUCAGGGGUCGUACGGGCGACUUUUGACCCUAAAACGUCAGACAUUGAUUAAUCGGCGUUGACCUUUCUAGUGGUUGGUUUUACCCACAGUUCUGUGCAGAGCACGACAAGAAUUCGCCGUAACAGACCGUGUCAUUGACUAAUUCCUCAUUUCAACCAGAACGCAGGUUAUAUAACAACUCUUCCAGACCCUAGUGUAGUAAAGACAAGUAAAACGAAAUUUUGAACUAUAAAAAACGAAACGAAAUAGGAUAUGUGUUUUAAUCAGACUGAGAUAUAGCCUCCAAUAGUCUAAAAAUACACACCCAAUAGACUAUCGUGGCUAAUUCUCGUAAAACUGUUUCAACUAAAGAAACGUUUACUUUUGAGAUACUUUAUAACCGUCGCCACUCGUCCGUAAAUAACAGGUUUUUACUAUCAAGCCAAACUUAAAGGGACAAUAACACUCUUGCUGGCUUGACAGCUCCAGAAAAUAAAAAAAUAGCCUUAUUCUAAGUACUAGAUGUGUUAGUGUCCUACCUGUUGUGUAAAUUAUCCAUUAAAUCCUAUUUUACUUGUCCAGAGAGUUCAAAAAUAUUUUUAAAUCCAAGUCAGGCUUUUCAAAUCAUUUAGUUAAAUUUUUCUAAUUUUUUAAAUUAGGUGUGUUAAGAUGAAAUUUGUACCAUCAAUUAAUUGGAAUAUUGUAAAAUAGUACAAUUUGUUGACCAGAAUAAAGAUUGGGACAUAUUAUUCAGUUACAACAAGAGUGGUAUUGAGCCUUUAAGGACGGGCUGUUGAUAACAUUGUUAGACAUAUUUUAAACAGAAGUUAAGUAAGACCAACCCGAAAACGAUAUUUAGUCGCUUCGGCGAGCAUAUCGUGUGUUGUUUUGUAAACAAUCUUAAAGGCUAUUGGUGCUAUUUGUUCUAUUUCUUUGAGGCGAUGGUCGUGGGUUGUUCCAAUCGCACAAUAUUAGAUCUCUGUACGAUCUGGAAAAUAUCUUUCUCUAGGGUUCGGGUUAGGUUUACAAAUUACAUGUCAAACGUACAAAUUGAAGCUGUAAAAACGGUGGAUUGUGGGGAGAGAGAGAGAGAGAGAGAGAGAUGGGAUUUAACGUCCACUCGACACAAACUAGGUCAUUUCGGGACUAACAUAUGGUUUAAUUUUAUUUCAAUAAUUCGCUUGCGCGUAGGCGUCUUUAGCAGUGGGAGGAAACCGGAGGACCCGGAGAAAACCCACGAAGUUGGACAGGCGACCCUACUCCUUGUCAAGUACAACCGGAGAUUUGCAACCACACCAUUUGACUCAAUGACAGGCCUUAUGAUACAGCGCGCCAUCCAACCCCCCGUGGAUUGUGGGCAAAACUAUUCUGAAGGGUUAGGGUUAGUAUAAACACGGAAAGAUAUUUUCCAGAUCGUACAAAAAUCUAGUAUCGGGCCGCAUUCGGGCGUUACAAUCACUGAUGCAAAUGAUAUAUACUCAAUGUAAAUGUAUCCUUUGUUCAUAUCUUAUUCUUGUUACACGAGUAUUGUUAUUCUUUACACCGGUGAAUAUUUCUGCUCAGAUUUUCAGAUUUAUUUUUUCUUUAUAAAUUUGUGUUUUGAUUUACACAUGAAUAUAGAGCAA